AUGGAGGCCUGGAAGCACGCCAUGCACCUUCGAGUUAUAGCUGCAGUUCUUUCGGUUUUGGUCCUGCCAGACUUGACUGCCGCCGACGAAGAGUGCUAUAAAAAUACAGUACCGGAAGAAGUAAUUGAGGUGGUCGAGUGUAGUGGAAGCUGCUUUGAAAUAGUAAAGCCAAUCUUAAACCAUUUUGUGGAGAUGAAAAUGGCCGCGGACAACAGCCGUGUGUUGACCAAAAUCCGUCACAACGUCAGCAAGGACAUAUACCAAAUUAGGCUGCCGGAAGUGGGUGCAUUUAAGGCUCCUUGCAAUGGAUCUGGAUGGAUGGUAAUUCAGAGGCGGAUGGACGGCAGCGUGGACUUUAGUCGCAAUUGGACUGAAUACAAAAAUGGAUUUGGAAAUUUGACUGGAGAAUUCUUUUUAGGCCUGGAGAAGUUGCACCUCAUAACUCAGUCGAGACAGCACGAACUGCUCAUCCGUCUGGGAAAAGUGGACGGGUCCACUGAUUUCGUCCAGUAUGAUAAUUUCAGGAUUGGAAGUGAGAAGGAUUCCUAUCUAUUGCAAUCGGUUGGAAACCCCACUGGAAGUGCAGGCGAUUCCCUCACAAAACGCCACCUAAACAUGAAGUUCUCCACAAUCGACAGGGAUAAUGACCUGGUUGAAGGCAGCUGCGCUAGCUUUUUGGGUGGUGGCUGGUGGUUUAAUAACUGUGGACACAGCUCCCUAAACGGAAAGUUCUACAGAGGUGGAAAAAUGAAUGGUAACUCAUACGGCAUCUACUGGGCCAGUUGGAACAAUUACGACUAUACUGUUUCACUCACAUUUGUCGAAAUGAUGAUAAGACCCAAAUCCUUUUAAGAAAAAUUUGGAAUAUGGAAACUCAUCCAAACAAAACUAGUUUUAAACUCUUCUCUUCUCUUCUGACCAAAAUAAUAGGAGAAGCCUUUCGUGUCGGCUUUGGCUGUACUGCCACCUAUGGGCUUUGUUAACCCCAAAUUACAACCAAAUUACCACACGGACGUCCCUUCAGGGUCAUGGCUGGGAAAUUCCAGCGGCGAGAUGGCGGCCGGCGGCCUUGCUUUUGGGACCUUUUGCAAUUAGGACCUUUGGCGAACAACACGAACUGCAACAAGAAUAAUACUGUUGAGGGUGCAGUUGCAUGUGGCAAUGCAAAUUAAAUGGUAUCAUAUUUUAUUAGUAUUACUCUUAAUUUUACCAUAAAAGGCCGUCGAAUUUUUUUAAAAUUUUUGUACACAUAAAAACGUAUACAAUUCUGACAUCUUAAACAAAAA